AUGGGGACCGCGAUCCUGAGUGGGAUCAUCUCAUCCCAAGGCUCUGGUUCUGGGACACAGGAAAUCGAUCUACUGCCGACCCGAUUCAUCGCCUGUGUGCGACGCCCUGAAUCAGAAGAUGCCAUUCGCUCUAAAUUGCCACGCGAAGCACCAGAUUCAACCGUGAGCGUCUAUGUGAAGGAUAAUUGUGCCGCAGCACGAGAGGCAGAUGUCAUCUUGUUGGCCUGUCAACCACACCUCUAUAAACCACUUCUUCUGGAAUCGGGGAUAUGCACAGCACUCAAAGGCAAGCCGAUCAUCUCGGUGCUGGCAGGCGUUACCUCCAAUGAGAUUACGCAUCAGCUCUGUCAAACUGCCAAGACGGAAAGCAAAGGUGUCUAUGAUACUGAUGCUUUCUCCGUUAUUCGUGCCAUGCCCAACAUCGCCAGCGCGGUGCAAGCUUCAAGCACCGUCCUUGAAAUCCAUCCACGGCCUCAACUCAAGGGCGUUAUUGCCACAGCGCAUGCCAUUUUCUCGUGUGUGGGAACUGUCUUCACUACCAAGCCUGGGAAUUUUGCAGCUUGCACAACUCUGAAUGGGUCAACUCCGGCAUUCUUCGCGAUGGUUAUCGACGGCCUGGUAGAUGGCGCCGUGGCACUGGGCCUGUCGCACACCGAGGCGACGCAGAUGGCGGCUGCCACAAUGCGCGGAACGGCUGAUUUGAUCAUGAGCGGCAAGUCGACGCUCGACUUGCGCUACGAGGUCGCUUGCCCUGGCGGCGCGACGAUCCAAGGACUGCAGGUACUCGAGGAGGCACGAACUCGCGCGGUCUGGAUGCGGGCCAUGGCCGCGGCAACGUCGGGGCAGAGCUCUCUCAAGGAGGGACUCAAGAUGUCACGCGGGGGGUUCUAA